GUCACAAUGACUGUUCUGUUGGUUAUGGAGACUCCAAUUUAUAUUUAUAACGAAUAGUGCUCCAUAGGCGACCGCUUGAACAUGAGUAUAAAAAAAAGACAACAAACUUAAAAACAUCAACUUGAUCCUCUAUAAGUUUUCGUACAUACUCUGAUUGAUAUAUAAUUGAUAACAGUGUUUAAAACGAAGUAUGACAAAAAUACUCCAAGUUCAUCGGUCGUCUGUUAUCUAUUAAACUUGAAUAAAAAUGUUUAAAGUAUCUACAAUACACUAUUUACACGUUCUUGUGUAUCACCCAUAAUAAUUUGGCUGUUUGAAUUUGAUGAUGUACCUUCAACAUAUCAGCUUUUCAAAAGCCAUACAUUUAAAAUGAAAAAGGUCAGUAAAUAAGAAUGAUCCAUGUGGAAAAAUCCAUGGUCUGUAUAUAAAUGUGUGGUUAAAUUUAAAUUUUGACAACACUGUUCUGGUAGAAGACCACGAGUCUCUGAAUAAACCUCGUGAUUAAUUAAAGAAAACAAAAAUGCAUUCAUCCAGUAAUAUUGGUCCGGAUUAUAUUAGCUUGAAUAUCAAUGAUUUUGAUAUUAAUUCUCGCAUAACAUCCAAAAGCCUCUGGAGGCAAUGGAACCAGCUAUCACGGUUUCAACGGAACAUAUUUUAUAUUUUAUUUGGAACGGUAUUAAUUCUAACGUUUUAUUUUUUAUCGGGUAGUACAAAUUCAAAUAUUGAUUAUGAAAAAUUAAAUUUAGUUAAAGGAACUUCUAACAUAGCAAAGCUGGAAGAGUUAGUCUUAGUAGACACCGGUGUCCACGCAGAACAGGUCGGAAAUGCCGAGACGGGAGAUCAUGAUGACAAUGUAGAUCACCUCGAUCACGUUGAAAAAGAAAAAGCAGUAGACGCUCAAGUGAUAGAGGAGCCCGAAUUCCAGCCAGAAAUCAAUCAGAUGGAUGAUGAUCAGAUCGGAGAGCCCCCGCAGCCAAAGCCGAACGUGGUAAAAUUCAGUGGUCCUCAAAAUGACCGGCAGAAAGCUGUCGUUAAAGCUUUCAAGCACUCUUGGGACGGCUAUGUUAAAUAUGCGUGGGGGCAUGAUAAUAUCAAGCCAAUCUCCCGGGGUUACCACGAAUGGUUUGGUCUAGGGCUCACUAUUGUAGAUUCUCUCGACACUAUGUACAUGAUGGGUUUAAAUGAAGAUUUUGCAAAAGCUCGAGCGUGGGUCUCAGAAAGUUUAAAAUUUGACCUAAACCGCGACGUAAACCUUUUCGAAGUAACAAUCCGGGUUCUCGGUGGUCUCCUAGCAAUUUACCAUUUAUCCGGCGACAAGUUAUUCCUCCACAAAGCAACAGACCUCGGCGACCGUAUGAUGCCAGCGUUCUCCACAAGCUCUGGAGUUCCUUACUCUGACGUGAACUUGGGUACAAAAAGCGCUCACAGCCCAAAAUGGGGCCCAGACAGCAGCACAAGCGAGGUGACCUCAAUCCAAUUAGAGUUCCGCGACUUGAGUCGCAGCACCGGUCAGCCGCGUUUUGAAGCUGCUGCUGCUAAGGUCUCCGAGCACAUCCACAACCUGGAGAAAUACGACGGCCUGGUGCCGAUCUUCAUAAACGCCAACACCGGGCUUUUUAGGAAACACGCGACAAUAACUUUGGGAGCUCGCGGAGACAGUUACUACGAAUAUUUACUCAAGCAGUGGCUUCAAACAGGAAAAACGAUUGAUUAUUUAAAAGAAGACUACCUCCUGGGUAUCUCAGGAACGCAAAAACACUUGUGCAAACGCACUGCCAAGAACAAAUACCUGUUCAUCGCUGAGCUAGUGGGCGUUUCUAAAGACAUGAAGCCCAAAAUGGACCACUUAACUUGCUACCUGCCAGGGACUUUGGCUCUGGGGACUCACCACGGUCUCACUGAAGAGCACAUGGCUCUCGCUAAGGAACUUACGGCCACUUGCUACCAAACUUACGCAAUCCAGCCGACUUUCCUGGCUCCAGAGAUCACGUACUUUAAUGUACAAGGCCUCAAUGAAGAUGAUAAUCAACUAGACAUGUAUGUCAAGAGCACAGAUGCGCACAAUUUGCUAAGACCUGAAUUUAUUGAGAGCCUUUAUUACAUGUGGUACUUUACCGGCAACAAAACUUACCAGGAUUGGGGCUGGCAGAUAUUCCAAGCGUUUGAAAAUUUCACUAAAGUUGAGAACGGCUACACGAGCAUUGGCAAUGUUCGCAAUCCCCAGAACACUAGGCCAAGAGACAUGACCGAGAGCUUCUGGUAUGCUGAGACUCUAAAGUACUUGUACUUGCUGUUUGAUGACACCAGACAGCUGAUUGACCUUGACAGGUGGAUCUUUAAUUCAGAGGGGCAUCCCCUGCCCAUUUAUGAAAUUUAAAAAUGACUGAAUUUUUUGGUAGUGAGUUUUUUUAAUGUGACUUAAAAUUUUUUUUUUGGCAAUUGUAAAAUAGAAAUUUUUGAGAAAUUUAU